CCAAUCGGAACACCACAUAUACGAGCGUACCAGACUGCAUCGCGCGUAAUCGGCCCAUAGAGUUUCAUUUGUUUUUCAAAAACUAGUGCGCCCUUAGUAUACGAGUGUAGUCGCAAAAUUUUCGGAAAUUUCGAGUUUCGUCCCUUCGUCGGACGAAGUUUAGUGCAUUCGAUCGUGAUUUAUUUGAGGUUAGAAAGUUAGAAUGCUAAGCAAGUGAUAUAAAAAUAAUUUAAAAGGCAUCAAAAUAACUGGAACAGUUUGUUAGUGGCUAUUAAGUGCUUUGACAGACGGUAUUUCAUUGAAAAGUGAUGUGAAAUGUUCGAUACUUGUCAGACAAUAAAUGCAGGACCGAAGUGUACAGAAGUGGCGGAAAAGUUAGUGUCUUUGUUCGGCUGGAGGCAGACUUAUAAUGUGGAAAAGCUGCAAAGAAACGUGCCAGGGAGAGCGACUACUAGGAUUUCAAUAACGAGACCGUCUUCUCUAAAGGAAAAGUCCAUCAAACAGGGCUCAGAUUCGUGGGUGUCAGUUCACAAUUUACAAUCUCAAGGAGGUGGCAUUUUAGAUCCAGACGACAAACUCAAUGACGUAGCAGACGAUAGAGAACAGAUCCUCGCCAGUUUCGAAGAUGGGGAAGGUGCCCAUAUCCAUGGAGGCGGUGACGGAGCCAGUGGGAGUUCGGUCGGAACGGGAAGUCCGGAUAUUUUUCACGAUGGGGAACACAAAUAUGGACCAAACUACCCGCGCACCGACAUAGAAGUAACGGGUGAACAAAUAGCGUCGGGAGUACCAAUUCUUCAGGUCCGAAGAGGGAGUGAACCAAGUCUGAACCAACUACCCACGGGGCCUCCCGCACCCUCGGAUCAUCCGAAACGUUGGAGUGCCGCACCCUUGAUUCUGGAACCGCCUAGUUCAGGAUACGCUAGUCCCGAUUGGAUGGACGACUCCAGGGAAGAGGAAGGGGACCAUAGUUUUAGAAGGAUAGCUAGAGACGGAAGCAAUAGGCUGUCGAUGCAGUUCUUGGGCGUGGACGGUGCUGGUUACCGUUGGGCUGAGGCCGCAGAACGAGCAGCUGCUUCCAGACCACACAUAUCGAGUUCUCUUCCUCGAGAAUCCAGACGAAAAGAGCCUUUGGGACAGGCUAACAAUUCCACGACGAUCGACGGCGAAGAAAUUAUUGUGAUACGAAACGAACCCGGUCCUCUGGGUAUUCACGUCAUUCCAGAUUAUGAUACUUUAGGAAGAGAACGAGGAUUAUUGGUCAAGGGAAUCGAACCCGGAGGAAGAAUCGAUAGGGAUGGACGAUUGGCUAUUUAUGACAGAGUGGUGGAGAUCAAUGGGGAAAACUUGAUCAAUAUGCCAUUCCAGAGGGUACAAGAAUUGUUUAAACUCUCCCUCACUUCUCCUGAAUUAAGACUGAAAGUAAUAAAGACGUCCGGACUUGAAGGUCUUCGAAAACCGCCCCCGCCGAUUUAUCCUAGUUACCCCGACGACAAAGAAAACGUUUCGAUGGUAGAAUGCGAACAAAAACGACACCUUACAGAAAGUACAAAUACUAAAGUGGCGACUGUAUCUCCGACAAAAAAGGUUCCAGCUAUUUCUAAGAAUCUGAAGGGCCUUUUAACAGCCAACACCAGGAAGAUCGGUAGGAAAAUCGAGAUAGAACUAAUCAAGGGAAACCACGGCCUCGGUUUUAGCAUAACGACCAGAGACAAUCCUGCAGGAGGAAAGUGUCCCAUUUAUAUUAAGAAUAUCAACGCUAUGGGUCCAGCAAUAGAAGACGGUAGGCUGAAAAUCGGAGAUAGGCUUCUUGAAGUCAACAACAUAGAAAUGACUGGUAAAACACAAAGUGAAGCAGUAGCUUUACUGAAAAGCUUACCAUUAAGCAGUAAAGUAAAGAUUGUUGUGUCUAGACAAGAGGACGUGGUUGAUACUACACUGCCAAGAAUAAUUGACGUCGACUUGAAAGAAGUCCGCGAGGAGGAAGCUCCUGAAGAUAUACCACCCACCAUUCCACCGCUGCCGCAAAGCCAUCUUCAAGCGCUUCAGAAUCGCACCCCCGAAAAGGGAUCAGUAGCGAAAAUCAUAUCGCAGUUCCAGGAUGCUGUCAACGGCAAUCCUUCCGACCAAAUCGACGAAACGAUGGUGUUCCCAUGGAAACACCGCGAAAUCCUAACCUUCAACAUCCCCGUGCACGACUCCGAAAAGGCCGGUUUGGGUGUAAGUGUGAAAGGUAAAACCAGCGGCACCAAAGACCUCGGGAUCUUCAUAAAAGGAGUUAUGUGUGGCGGAGCUGCUUCCAGAGACAACAGACUACGUACUAACGACCAAUUGCUCAACGUCAAUGGUAUUUCUUUGCUGCAACAGACCAACAGCGAUGCUAUGGAGACGCUGAAGAAUGCCAUUCCGCAUACGGAAGGACCUGUCCCGGGUCACAUUACUUUAACUAUAGCUCGACGAGUAGAAUCGCCAAAUAAUAGCAGUAGGAAGAAUUCACUGGAUAGUAUUUUGGGCAAUUCUACUGGCGACUCGCAAGAAAAAAGCGAAUCUGUAAAUAAUUCCGGCAACAGUGGUGAUUCUGCAAACACGGUAAUAUUCAAUCCACAUGGAGGUAUCGGCAAUAUUUCUGACAACAAAGCUCAAGUUAAUACCCAGCUCAAUGGACAGCUCAGCAAUCAACUAAGCCCGAUGCAUACAUGGAACCCUGUCUUGGAACGGUUGACCGGUAACGGAAAGUUCCAACAACAACAGUUGAGGAAUGAGAGUUAUUACAAGGCUACUCACGACACUUGGACGAGUAGCAUGCUUGGAAAUAACUCAUUUGGCAACAUGUCUGGCACUACUGUAAAUAUCGCCACCGCUGAACCUAUUUUAAUAGAAGACGAGUAUGGAUCCAGGGUACUGACCCACUCUAAUCAACAUCAACAACAAAUCAAUGUUCAUAUGACUAACAAAGUCCCCACGAACAUAUCCGACAUUCGAACCGAACACGAGCCGGACGGUAAGGACAACAAGACUAGUUCAUCAGGCAGCAACGGUGAUAAAAGUACAGACACUUCGUCCCAAACGACGAUUCAGUGCACCGACGCAACGUACGCCAGCCAAUUGUCCCUAGAGAAUCCCAAAGGAUUUUCUAGAGAUGCUUUUGGAAGGCAGAGUAUGUCAGAGAAGAGGCAUGCGACGUUGGAUGCCAAGAAUACCGACACAUAUCAGAAAUCGAAGAAGAUUAGGGAGGAGAGGAAGAUGAAAGAAAUAACUGGCUUAGUCCGUGUAGGUUCAGUGGAGUCUGUCAUAAGUGUUAAUAGAUCUGCAGAACAUCCCGAGUAUGCUGAUAAAUUAGGCCAAUUAGGACCAAGUUUAGGCAUGAAGAAAUCUUCAAGCUUGGAAUCGUUACAGACAAUGGUACAAGAGAUUCAAAUGCAAGAAGAAGGCGACCCAGCUUAUAGUUAUAGAGGACCCAAUGGAGCUUUAAAAGUAAUCAGGGGGAAAGGCUGUGAAGAAAGCUUUAGGGCAGCUGUAGUGGAUCCAAAUCACCGAAGUGAGAUCGGAGCCAAAAAGCAUUGGUUGCUUGACGGUCCAAUGGAAAACGAACGAGAAGUGGAUGGCUUCAGCAAUGCUCGAGGAGGUCCUAGGCAAUCUUCUCUGAAUGCAGCUAUUGAUAUAAAGAAUAAAUCAGCAAAGAAGAAACCUGGUAUAUUUAAAGGCAUUGGUUCGAUGUUCAGGUUUGGCAAACAUCGUAAACUGGACUUCCAAACAGCAGAGGCUGCCCAACACUAUCAUCAUACAAACGAAUUCGAUUCAAAUGCCAACGUACCUCAACAACACACCGCAGAUACCGAAAACCGAACGCAAAGUAGUCAACCAGAACGGACGCAAGAGCAUUCACAAAAAGUACCUCAAAAUAGCAACCCCCAGAACCAAAACACUUCCCAAGGUUCUCACCACCAGUCGCAAGGUUCACAGAACUCCCACCAUUCGCAGAGUUCGCAUAAUUCUUCCCAAUCGUCACAUCAGUCCCAGAGCGCUCAUUAUCCGAAUUCGCAUGCGCAGAGCUCUCAUCAGUCAUCAACGACACAUCACCCAUCCCAGAACGUUCCCCAUCAAUCACAAAGCUCUCAUGUGGGAUCUCAGACGCAAGGUUCUCAUUCUCAAAGUCGUUCGUCGCCUACAACAAACCAGAACUUACACCAUUCCCAACAGAGUUCAUCUCAUGGACAUAGAGAACAGCAGCAUAUUAUACGGGAACCGCUGUAUCAAAGGCAUGGUUACUUACACAGGCACGCAGAACAAGUUCAGGUCAUUCCUGAAAAUGCGGUAGCUCCUCCUGUUAAAUAUAGGCAAAAUUCUUCGGAACAUAGAAGGCACGAUAGGGAAGCGCAUAAACAGAGAAUGACCCAAAGACACACAUAUUAUCAAAGCGAUGAAAGAGACGUGUACGAUUUACGGCACCAGCAACCACAGAGGAUAGAUCCAUCAAAUGCUUAUGUAGAGUAUGGAAGACCAGGAAGUAGAUCAGGCAUCACCGACUCAGUUCCAUUUACCCAUUACGUCAACUAUAAGGAACUCCAGAACCACAUUAGCCGCAAUAAAGACACCCUAUCUGAUAGUCAGAUAGUGCAGAUGCGUCUUCAGGUGCAACAGCAAAGAUUAAAGGUGGAGGAGGAAAGUCGAAAACAACAUCAGUAUCAUUCACAGCGCCAAACAAGGUCAGAUAACCAACUACGUCCAGUUUCGAACUACUACGAAUACGAAAGCAUCCAAUCCAUCCUCAACGGAGGCCGAUCCCGACAAAAUGCUCCUCAAACUACCUCCCAGCAACCAUCUCAUUACCAACAAGACGUUAAUUCAAACUCUCUUCCAAGAAAUCAACCAGUACAGAGCAGACAUACGUCUGGUAGAGGAAGAGGUCCCUUCGUGACGCAAGUAACGAUAGGGGAGCAUCACCAAAGUGGGACGAAAGUGUAAUUUUAAUUUUAGACGUACAUUUUAUUUGGUAAUUGUUUUAUACGUCGUAUUACUAUGACGUCAUGUCUGCUUUAUAUUUGAGGUUAGAUUCAAAUCUUGAUUCUAAACAACCAAAUUGCAUAUUCGUUUGUUUUGUACUUUUCAGAAACAUUUGUCGCAUUCAGAAGACGAAAAAGUGACGGAGCGGUUCCGCAACUGUUGGGAAUUCGUUCUCUGAAUGUGGCGCUACUUACGGAACGUGUUACGGAACGGUCGCCAUGACAGUAAGCUUAUUUUAAUUCCGCUACAUCCGUCCAACGUAUGCUACUUUUGUGAAUUUGUCAAUAGACUUUUUGAAAAAUGAUCAAGUACUAAUUAUCAAUUGGAAAAUAGCGCCGACGGUAAACAAUCCAUGGUCUUUGACCAUGCUUAUGAAGUAAAAAUAGUUUAUUGUGCAGAGGCAAGUAUAUAACCUCACAUAGAACAGAAAGUGAUAGGCUGUCACGAAUUUAGGGAGCGGAGUGUUCACAAGACAAAACACAACUGUUACCGCUCCAUCGGGAACUGCUCCCUCACUUUUCCGUCUCCUGAAUGUGACCAAUAUUAAAGAAUACUAUGUGAUGGAAUAACGAAAUGUGGUAUAAAAAAUGCUACAAUAGGCCAAUUGGUUUGUUUAGAAUUUUGUGUCAACAAAAUAUGGCGGCAUGAUGCCACCACUAAUGGAAUGGUUUCUGUUGGAAUUGAUGAACAUAUUGGCAAUAUUGCUACUGAAGUUAAUUUUUAUAAUCGAUUGAUGUUCAAUCUAAUAUCAGUUACUACGUUAAUCGACUGAUAUUCUCAUAUUGAUUUUAAUAAUUGUGUUAUUUAUUGUUCAUCCCUGCUAAAAAUGAUUAUUUAUUAAUUGUUCAAAAAGCACUUUAAAUAAGAUUUUCUUCAAAUUUCUAUAUAAUAUGAUAUUGUCUGGUGCAUUAAAAGAACGCAUCAAUCAAAUUUGUUUUAGUUUUAUGUUUUUCUUACGAAUUUUUAAAAAGAGUGAAUUGCCAGUGGGCCUAGAUACUUCCAAUCAAAAUAAUUCUUAUCGGGUUGUAUAAAUACCCCAAUGUUGUUUAAUUAUUCAAGAUUGCUAAGACAUUUCAGCGUUAAUUACUCUUAACUCUAAAUGUACAUUGUGUACAAAAGUGUGUGUUUUUUGAUAAGAUUUGAAAAAUGAAAUUUGAAAAGAUAUUGAAAAAUGUUUAAUAUUGGAACGCUUUUAUUAUCAAAAUGAUCGAUAGGAACAGCUAUGCAAUUAAUCUUGUGUAAGUAGUAACCGGAAGUAUCUUGCUGGAGAUAUUUGUCAGGGUAUUUUUCAUUUCAUCAGUGUUUUAUGUUAAAAAUCAUCUAGAUUGUCAGGGGCGUUAUGCAGCUAUUUUUUUAUAUUACCAGACAACACUGCAAAGGUGAGGAAUCGUAAGAUCUUGCUCAAUUGUACUCUUCUCACAACCAAACUGUCUUCGAAAAUUUAAAUUCUAAAUAUCGAUGCUAAUCUGUGAUGAUGUUCAACGUGAUGAGCAGCACUCAUUGCACGAACAUGAUCUUGAUGAACAUCAUUCAUUAUUGCAAUUGCCCUCGUAAAUACUCCACCAUUAAUAAAUGGUAAGAUUUUUCUCAAAAUCUGUUUCUUCCUGAUGUUUCGUCUAUACUGGGGCAAACAUCAUCAAAGCAGUGCGAAAAUGUAAUCUAUUGCACCGGUACGGUCUUUUUCCUCAUGGAAAAUUCCAUAAGAAAACGCCAAAAAUUAUGUAUUAUUGUAUAGGAAUGGCAAGAGGUACAAAUUUCUGUUUUAUAAUAUUUUUAUUUAAUUGUUAUGUUAACAAUAUCUAUUUCUAACAAUUUUAAAGCUAAUUGGUUCUAACCAAAGCCAUAAAUUCCACAAAAACAAGAUAAAAAAAAUUAUUUUUUUUUAAAUUCCUACGCAUUACUACAAUCUUCUUCAAGGCACUUAUGAGUGGAAAUUUAUGUUGCAAAAGUUUUCAUCAAGUUAUCACGGAAAAGGAUCAAAUGUUAGAUUUUUCUAACAGCGCGACUGCUCCCGGGUUAAAGCACCCGAAGAACUAGGGGGCAUCCCCCUGCUCAUGGGUACAGGCGCCUAUGCCUUUAGAUGCUAUUUUUAUUAGGUCACAUUCACUUCACUUAUUCACUUUUUUAAAAUAUUUUACAAUCGAAGAUACUGUGUUGUACAAUUAAUGCAAAAUGAGAAACAUUCAAAAUUCUUGUGAAAUUGAUUUAGUCAUUCUGAAAUUUGAAGGAAAUCUUAAUAACACACAUUCUCUUUCAAAAAUUUUGUGUUACAGCAAUCAUUCACUUUAGUAUUUGAUUUUUAUACUAAAAUUUAAAUUGUAUUGAAAUAAUUUUAUUUAUAUUUAAAAUAUUUCAGCCCUUUUGCUGAACUUAGGACGAUAAUGUAAAAAGUAAUUGUGAUAAUAUUGAACGUAAUUUUAGUUCUAUUAAAAUCGAUUUUAUUCCAUACAAAACUUAAAUUAUUUACAAAAUGUAAAGAAAACAUUGUUAGAAAUUUAUAUUGGCAGUCGUUCAUGUCAUUAAGUUUUUUUAUUUCUGAGUUUUUCUUUCUUAAUGUUCUCUAAUAGUAUUUUUGUGGACAUGUGAUUAUCUUCUGAACUUCUUUAACCCAUCUGAACAAUACGUUUUCUAGAGGUUUAAAAACAAAAAUAGUACAUUCUUUCACGGUGUUUGCUGUAAAUUUUAAAGAACCGCUUGGAUUGACAUGAAAUUUGGCAUACGCAUAGCUAACAUGUCAAAGAAAAAAAGUGAUAUUGUGCCGAUGUGUGCUUUUGCCCUGGGGUGACUUUCAACCCCUCUUGAGGGUAAAAAAUAUAUGUCCAAAAUAAGACCGGAAAUGGAUAAACUGACUAAUUUUAAGUAACUUUUGUUCUAUAGAGCUUUUUCGCCAAGUCAACACUUUUCGAGUUAUUUGUGUGUGAAUAUGUUCAUUUUUCAACAAAAUAACAACGUUUCUAGACGGUUUUUCGCAAAUAACUCAAAAAGUAAGUAUUAUGUCGAAAAAAUAUUCUUAGCAAAAAUAUAGACUGUAAAAAAGUAAAAAAAUGGUGUACGCUUGAGGUCUCUGGACCUCGUAGAACCAGAGUUAUAGCCAAUGAAAAAUAGGUUCAUAUUCGCCAAAUUUCAAAUGGAAUAUUUCAACGUGAAAUAUCCAAAAAAUGAAGAACUUUUUGGGGAAACCCCAUUAUAACUGUUUUAAAGUGUUUAAAAUAGACUUUAUUUCUGUUUUUAUAACAAGUUUCUAGCAACAAAUUUAAUGUAAGCAAGUUCCGCUCAAAAUAAAGUUGGUCCCUUUUGUUUUGGCAAAAAAAAAUCAGGAAGAUCACCCCCUAAUUAGCAACUUAAAUGAAAUUAAUCGUUACCGCUUCACAAAUUGCUUUACUUAGGUUGUGUUUAUAUGAUCUGUAAUUUUCAUCGGUUUAAAGUGCUUAUUUUUGAAAAAAUUUGGUUGCAAAGUAAAAUUGUUAAUUUUGAAAAAAAAAAAGGUUUUUUCAAAAUAACUUAAAAAUUAUUAGAGAUACCAAAAAUCUCAAAAAACAAAAAAGUCAGCAUUGCUUCUCUGAAGAUCUUGUAUUUUUUUGUUUUUUUGUAAGCCAAAAAUUGAUUAAGAGGAAACAGUAGCGAUCAACAGGUAGCAACAAACGCGUUCCAAGAUUGCGGCUCUAAUUUUGAAUAUUUUGUCGUGAUAUUUGGCACACAUAUUCGUAAUAUAAUAAAGAAUGGCGGUACAGAGCCCAAUUUCAGAAAUAUGUUGGUAUAUGGAAAUUAAUCUACAACUAAAUAAAAUAUUGAAAAAAGGAGCCUGUACCGCCAUUAAGAAAGUAAAAAAAAAUACACUUUCUUCAAAUAAACAUUUUUAUCCCAUGCCUAGAUUUUGUGUGAUCUUGGAACUACUAAAAAUCGAUUUUUUUAUAACAAGAAAUCGAACGUCACUGACUUGGCAACAUUUCGCGCUUAUGUGUAUAAAAAUUAUUGUUUUUGAUAGUAUAAACGUCACUGUUAGUGUCGAAUUACCGACGCACUGUUGCCUCACUUUUGAAAGUUUGCAUAAUUUUCGAAAUAUUGGACCGCGUUUGUUGCCACCUGUUGAUCGCUACUGUAUCAACUUAAGAUUUGGUGUUUCUAAAUUUGCAUACACUCGUGAUCAGUGACUUGUUAACUACAGUACAGUUAACUACACUUGUUAACUACAGCCCUUUCAAAAAUAAGGACUUUGAACCGAUGAAACUUACAGAUCAUAUAAACAAUACAUACACGAGUAAAGAAACUUGUGAAGUGGUAACGAUUAAGUUCAUUUGAGAUACUAAUUAGGAGGUGAUUUUCCCGAUUUUUUACCAAAAAAAUGGAAUAACUUUAUUUUGAGCAUAACUUGUUUAAUUUUGAUGCUAGAAAUUUUUUUUACAAAACAAAAAUUAAGUUUUUUAAACAGUUUAAAUAAGGUGUAAUACGUUUUUCCCAAAAAGUGCUAUAUUUUUUGGUUAUUUCACGUUAAAGUAUUCCAUUUGGAAUUUGACGAAUAUGAACCUAUUUUUUCAUUAGCUAUAAUUCUGCUUCUACUAGGUAUAAAGACCUAAUAUAUACACCAUUUUUUUCAAUUUUUUACAGGAUAUAUUUUUGCUAGGAAUGUUUUUUCGACAAAAUACCUACUUUUUGAGUUAUUUGCGAAAAACCGUCUAAAAGCGUGGUUAUUUUGUUGAAAAAUGAACAUAUUCACUCGCAAAUAACUCGAAAAGUAUUGAAUUAAUGAAAAAACUCUAAAGAACAAAAGUUACUUAAAAUUAGUCAAUGUAUCCAUUUCCGGACUUACUUUGUACGUAUAGUUUUUCACCCCCGAGAAGGGGUGAAACUCACCCCCAUGACAAAAGCAUACUUCGGCACAAUAUCACUUUUUUCUUUGACUUGUUAGCUAUGUGUAUGCCAAAUUUCAUGUCAAUCUAAGCGGUUCUUUAAAAUUUAGAGGUUUUGCAAUAUUUUACCGUUAAAGAACGUACUAAAAGAUUAGCACGGGGCCAAACCUGGAGAAUACAGUGGAUGUGGUAGCAGUUUAUAGGCCAAAUCGAUCCCUUUGGCCGUGGCGACGGCGAAGGUGAGAGCCAGUACGUUGUCAUGGCGGAAGAUAGGGAAUUUCUUCGCCAAAUGGGGCCGUUAUUUCUAUAAUUCGCGUUCUUCGUAGUACAUUUGCCGGGUUAAGUCAACUAUUUCGACUGCUUCUUGGUCUCUGGCGAGUACCAGUAGAUAAUGUUUUGUCGACAUUCACGAAUUAGCGCAGAAGCUACUUCGGACUGUACUUGAACAGCUUAAAACACUGCUCCGAAGUUGUCACACAGUUGCGCUUAAUGUCCGGAGUAGGCACACGCGACACCAAUCGCACCUACAGCUUUCUCAUGCCCAAAAUUCCAUACAAGAUAACAUACAGCGUGUCCCAAAAGUAGCGGAACGGUCGAAUAUUUCGCGAACUAAACAUCGAAAAACUGAAAAACACGUUUUCAAUAAUUUUUAAAAAUCUACCCAAUGACACCAAACGCGAUCCCCCACUCCACACUCUGGUGUUGCUGUGGGGGGUAUCUUUAAAAUCUUAAAUAGAAACCUCCAGUUUUUAUUGUAGAUUUGGAUUUCUUAUGUAAAAGUAAUCAACUUUUAUUUGAGAUAUUUUUUCGAAUUGUGGAUAGGUGGCGCUGUAAUCGGCAAAAACAAUUUAUUGUGAUACCAUAGAUGAAUUAUAGAAACGCUCUAAUAUCUCGAGAAAUACACUUUCAAAUGAAAAACUAAAAAACACGUUUUCAAUAUUUUUCUAAAACCUAUCAAAUAACACCAAACCUGACCCUCCACCCCACCCCCUACAGGUGGGGUGGGGGUUAGCUUUAAAUUGUUAAAUGGCAACCUAUAUUUUUUAUUGCAGAUUUGGAUUAAUCAUGAAAAAUUAAGCAACAUUUAUUUAAAACAUUUUUUAGAAUUCUUGAUAGAUGGCGCUAUAAUUUGAAAAAAACGAUUUAUUAGCGCCAUCUAUCAACAAUUGUAAAAAUGGUUUCGAAUAAAUGUUGCUUAAUUUUUCAUGACGAAUCCAAAUUUGCAAUAAAAAAUUGGGGUUGCUAUUUAAGAUUUUAGAGUUACCCCCCACCCCACCUCUAGGUUGUGGAGUGGGGGCCGUAUUUGAUGCCAUUCGAUAGGGUUUUCAUUUAAGAUUUCAAAGUUACCCCCCACCCCACUUCUAGGGGAUGGAGUGGAGGGUCGUGUGUUUUGUCAUUCGAUAGAUUUUUGAAAAUUAUUGAACACGUAUUUUUCAGUUUUUCGAUACUAUGUUUAUUUCGAGAAAUAUUCGACCGUUCCGCUACUUUUGGGACACCCUAUAUAACCCUUGUGGUCUUUUGAAAUCUGUACUCUCAUCUCAAAUCUAGCGCAUCUUCAUUCGGCGGUGUACCAAUUCGGCUGAAAUUUUGACAUUAGCCUCUAGGAGAAUGUACUACACCAGCGGAUCUCAAUCUGUGAUACACGUACCACUGGUGGUAGAUAGGUAUUUCAGUUAUUUGGCACCAAAAGUAAUAAAAAGUAUUUUGUGGUGCAUGACUCAAAAAGAUUGAGAACGACUGUACUACACGAUAGUAAUUUCUCUUGUGAUAGUGGCGCCAUCGAACGGUGAAGCUAAGUACUUAUCGCCGUCGUAGUAACGUAUAUAAUUAUAUUCAGCUCGAUAGCUCUAAAAAUUAUCUCAACUACAUACGUCUUUAAACAUUAAGUUAAAUUAUAUCAAGUGGCUUUAACAAUUUAAUUCCCACUGUGCUAUUACAGGGCAAAAGAGUACUAAAUGAAAUUUAAAAAAAUGGCAUAUGGACUUUUAUAGUACCGAUAGCUAAGAAAUUGCUGGCAAUUCUACUUAUCAUAUUUUAUUAUAGUAAUGAUUCUUACGUAUGUCAAUGAUUUAAACUUUUUUUUACAUUUAUUAUAAAUAAAUCAUCAAACCUAAUAUUUUUCCCUCUGAUCAUUAGUAAAUAUUUUCAACCAUCUGACGAUGCUUUAAUAUUUGUUUAUUAAACUAUUAAUGUAUAUUUUCACUAUAUAAAUACUUCCUAGUAUUCCGUAAACGAAGUGAUUCACAUAAAUACAAAAUAAUAACUUUACCUACUACAGUAUUUCUUUAAGUACGUUUUUUUUUAUCUUUUUUGUUCUAAAUCUUUCCAAUAUUUGUAUAUUACUCGAAUUAUGUGAAUCACUAAUGUCGUAACUGUCAUUCCAUAUUAAACAUUCGAAAUCUAUUUUAACAUAUGUGCUCAUAAUUUUAAAUUUAUUGAAUGAGGCUUUUUGCCAGUUCUUAUAUUAAAUUGAUUUUAUUAUGUACAUAGACAGUAUAUUUUAUAUUGUAAAUAAAUAUAUAUUUUAUAAA